AUGUCAUGGCUCGUGGGCACCUUUCGCACCGCAUCGAAGGCAUGGCAACGGCUGGAGAAGGAGGAUGAUCAAGAGGAGGGUGAAACUGCCCCACUCAGUUGCACUGACGUUCAGGGAACCGCUCUUGCAUUCUCGAGAGACAGCAUGCUCCCCCCCUCCCACCCUCCCUACAGUUCUACAAAACCUUCUGAGCUUCCACGACGCAUAUUUCACCCGAGUAUGAGGCCUCCUAUUGUCGUCAGAAAAGACUCAGUGUGCUACAACACCCAACAUCGUGAGGAUAAAGUGGGCUUCAGGAAGGAAACCAAGUAA